AUGUCACUUAAUUGGAGGCCAAUUGCCGAUACCUCAACAUCAUCGUAUACCAAGGGGAUUAGUGGAGGCCUGGGGCCACCACAUCACCAAAGUAUACAACAACAGCAGCAACAGUUACAUGCACAGAAAAUGCAACAACAUCAUCAUCAACAGCAGUUGCAUCAACAUAUUCAGCAACAGUUGCAUCACCAACAGCAGCAGCAGCAACAACAUCAACAACAACAGCAGCAGCAACAACAGCAUCAACAACAGCAGCAGCAUCAACAACAGCAGCAGCAACAACAUCAGCAGCAGCAACAACAACAGCAUCAACAACAGCAACAACAACAUCAUCACCAACAGCAGCAACAACAACAGCAGCAGCAACAACAGCAAUCCUCACGAUCGGCAGCUAGUCCAUUGUCGCCACCACGGCCUGGACCCGGUUCACAAGCUGCUGCUAAUGCCUAUGCCAAAUACACUGAUGUCAAUGCUGUUCGCGAAGCCCCCAACCGCUUCAUUCUACAGAGUCCCUAUGGCCUCGGGCCGGGAGCUCAGUAUCGCGAUAGUCCCUACACCAGAAUACCAACAAUGCAAGCUGUGCAUCAGGACUAUCGCAUGGCAGCUGCCUUGGCUGGAGUGGUUCAAGGUCCUCCACCACCUACUGUCAGCAUUAGUGCAUCUCAUGGCCUGGAUACAUUGCAUUUUGCCCAUCCACCUGCGACUCAUCAAAGUGUCUCGACUGGGUCAACGCAAUUGCUUAGCAGUGCACCGCCCAGCUCGGCGACAGGAGCGAACAGCGGACUGCCCGGUCCCAGUAGUUCACCACACAAUGCCAAUAAUGUGUCAGCGGCGGGACAGCCACAACAACCACCACCGGUCAGUGGUAGUGGCGGCAACAUAAUCACUAGCGGUGGCAAACGCAUGAUGUUGCCCACUCCUCAUCGCCAGCAACCACAAUAUUCCAAUGCUGAUUAUCUUUUGGGCAGUGCUGUGUCGAUGUCAUCGGCAGCUGCUGUGGCCGUUGCGGUGGCUGCAGCCAAUGCAAAUGCCAUGACGGCCAAUAGAGGGCAUGGUGGACAGCCUCAGGCACCUCCACCAGAUCCGGGCGGACAACAGCCCUACAAGAAGCUGAGACUGAGUGAUGCCGCAAAUAGCAUCACUAAUUCUUCAAAUCACCUGCCACCUACAACACAUCAAGUACAGAAUGUCCAACCACAACAACAACCACCUCCGCCUAGUCAACAACAACAAUCGCAGCAGCAACAACAUCAGCAUGCACAGCAACAAGCGCCACCGCCGCCACAACAACGUCAACCCUCACCGGCUGUGGGUCUUUCAGCAGCUCAGGCUGCUGCAGUUGCUGCGAAUGCAAUGCGAUCCUCUUCUACUGACCACGUUGGUCAUCCAUCGCUGCCUCCACAUACGCAUUUAUCGGUGUUGCCACCGACUCACCUACCCCCGCAACCUUCACAGCAGGUUCCGUCUCAGCAGCAGCAAACAUCACUUCAACCGCAAGCGCCUGUACCACAGCCCUCGUCACUGGCCAUGCAACAGUUGAAAGUGGAGACCCAACAACUGCCUCCACCUGCGACAGUACCCACGCCUCCAAUGAACCGGGGAACCCCAACUUCCCUGGCGAUAAAUACAGCUCUGAAUGUCAUAACAAAUUCCACAACUCCCCUUGGAAGCAAAUCAUCCUCGUCAAAUUCUUCUGUUGCAGCUGUCGGCCCCAAUGUCAGCGCCUCGCCAUCCUUGCCAGCUGCGGGGAGUGUGAACGCAACGACAAAUAAUGCUCCGAUAACAUCAUCCUCAACAGAAGCCUACCAUCCCCAAGUGGAAGCGAUAUCACCGACGCUGCCAGCCGACAAUGCCGAGGAACGAGGACGCACUGCCAAAGAAGAUCUAUUAAUGCAAAUCCAAAAGGUGGACACGGAGAUUACCGGAGCUGAUAGCUCCCUGGAAUCGUUGCGGAAGAAGGAGAAGAGUUUGCUGGACGUAGUUGCCGCUGCCAAACAACAAAAAGAGAAAGCCGAAGCGGCGAGAAGAAAAGCUCUGGCCGAUGCCGAAGACGAUGCUGCCAAUUCGUGGCGCUCCCAAACAUUGGCCCAAAAAAUCUACAUGGCGAACCGUAAAACGGCCGCCGCUCAACAUUCCAUACUCGACAACUGUGGCGAACGUUAUCUGUUGCCGUUGUACAACCAGCCCAUGGAUGUAGAACAUCUGACGACUCUGCUACAACGCCACCAGACGACGAUUAAGGCACCACUGUUGGAGCACAUACGCAAAAUAAAACACGAUCGCUAUCUGCACCGCACCAAGUUGGUGGAUACAUACGCCCAAAUGUCUGCCGAGUGGCAGAAGCGUGUUGACAAAUCGGAAGCGAGCGCCAAGCGCAAAGCUCGAGAAGCUAAAAACCGGGAAUUUUUCGAGAAGGUCUUUACGGAGUUGCGCAAGCAGCGCGAGGACAAGGAACGAUUCAAUCGUGUGGGUUCACGCAUUAAGUCCGAAGCCGACUACGAGGAAAUUAUGGACGGCCUGCAAGAGCAGGCCAUGGAAGUGAGGAAAAUGAGGUCGUACGCCAUUAUACCACCGAUCAUGUACGACGCUCACCAGCGCAAAUGUGUCUAUCACAAUGAGAAUGGUCUCGUCGAAGAUAUGGUGGCUGUGCACAAGGAACGAGGCGCCUUGAACGUCUGGACAACCGGCGAGAAGGAGAUUUUCAAGGAGAAAUUCCUGCAACACCCCAAAAACUUUGGAGCGAUAGCAGCCAGCCUAGACCGAAAAUCGGCCCAGGACUGUGUGCGUUACUACUACCUCAGCAAGAAGACCGAGAACUAUAAGCAGUUGUUGCGAAAAUCGCGACAGAGAACAAGAGCCUCCAAGACGCUGCAGAAAUCGCAACAGCAACAGACUCAGUGCAUCAUAGAUUCGCUGACGACGGGUGUAACAACGAGAUUGCAAAGGGAGCAACAGCAGAAGACCGGUGGUCGAUCGGCUGCAGCCGAAAGAGAGCGCGAGAGAGCUGAACGGGAAAAGGCGGCUGAAAAGGCUGCAGCAGAAGCGGCCAAAGCGGCAGCCAAAGCAGCGGCUGCUGCUGCAGCAGCCAAAAAUGAUGCAGCAUCUAAUGUAGAAACAGUCUCCUCCAGUACAUCCGACAACACCAGCAGCACCUCCACAUCGGAAAGGACGAAGAACAAAGGAUCCAAUUCAGGAUCGUCGUCGAGUGGAAAUAAAGCGGCGGCGGCUUCAGCUGACAAAUCAGCAAACGAAACCGUGACAACGGAUACCGCAUCUUCUGGAACUGCAGCUAAAUCGAAAGCAACAACUGCUGAUGCGAAUGCUGAUAGCAAUGUGGAAGGAACAAAAGCAGCCGAGGCCUCCAAAGAGGAUAAGAAAUCUAAUGAUACGACGGCAUCGUCGUCGACCGUAACGACGUCUGGUAGUGAUCAGCAGGUUGCUGCUGCGACAAAGAAUAGCAACAAUGCGAAAACUGAUGAUAAUGCAGUAGCACCAGCUGCUGCCAGCACAUCACAAUCGACAACAUCAUCGACUGCUGUUACAACAAAUACAAAUUCAAAUCAUCCGCCCUUAUCAACGCCCAAUGGCAUUAAAGCUUCAUAUGUGGCUGCUAUGGCAGCUCAAAUUGCUAGCGCUAGCCCAAGCACACCAACAAUGCCAUCUUCCACGAAUGCAACAGCAGCUGGAGCAGCGUCCACAGGUAUUGACAACGAAGAUAUGUCGACGACAUCGUCGUCCACAAUUGGUAAUGACAAGACGGCAGGCGGCAGUGGUGUUAAAAAUACUGCUGCAACUGGAACGCCAUUGGAUGCUGCUGCUGCUGUAGCCAGCAAUAAAACAACAAGUACAUCCAAUAAUGUUACUACACCGACUACCUCAACAACGGCUGGCAAUUUCUUGGGCCAAAAGCUAAAAGUAGCACAGGUCGAAAGUCUUAUGGGUACUGGUGCUGCUAGUGCCACAGCAACAAAUAAUGACUGCAACUCAGAUGUUAGUGAUCCCAAAAAGAAACGUCUUGACUUGGACGGUUCUUCUACAACAAGUUUAUCGAAAACACAAAACAAUGCUACCACAACCACCACCUCCAUCAUCAUUAAUCAACAACAACAGCAACCUCUGUCUAAUUCUAAUAAUAAUUCAGCAACAACAAGUAGCAAUCCUGCCAACAACAACAAUAGCAAUGCCAAUAAUAAAAAUAACAAUGCAAACGAUAUCACCUUGAGUUCUGGAGCCGUAAAUCUUCUAGGAUCAGCGGCGGCGGCAGCUGCUGCUGCGGCAUCAUCAACCAAAUCGAAUGUCACGACGCCAAUUCAUGGCGGUACAUCGUUGACACAUUCCGUCGUAACAUCAAAUUCCACCACCGCAAACACAGCCACAACAUUAUCAUCGAUAUCAAAUGCUGCUGGUGUAUCGACCACAAUAUCAUUGGUGGGCGGCGAUGUAAAUGUUAUCGAUGGCAAAGAUAAACUUGCCACCUGCUUUGUUUGUAAAGCUGAAAAUUGUCCCCGCACUCGUCCGCUCAAGAAAGGUCGUGGUCAACAGUAUGGCAUAUCCGAUGAUACUAUACCAGUUGGAGCACGUGUCUGUAAUACAUGUCAAUGCAAAUCGGUACGCACCCGUUAUCCUAAUUGUCCUCUGCCGACCUGUCCCAAUCCCAAAGAUCGUGCCAAACGUUUGCAUAAUAUACCAGCCCGCCUCUAUGAACUGGCACUGGAUGUACGCGAUCCCAUUAUGCAAGAAUUCCAAAUACCUGCCCAAGCAACGCGUUGCUGUUCGGCUUGUCUGAUGCGUAUUCGGCGCAAAUUGGAUCCGCACAUUAAUCUAACGGAUGAAGAACGGCGUACAGAUGGCGAUGAAUCGGAUGUUAGUACAUCGUCGUGUGAUGAACGCGAACCCGGCGGCAGUGAUACUGCCUCUGUAGAGAGUCCAGAAAAUCCUCAGCGUCAUAAUUCGAUUGCCAAGGAUCUAGUGCAGAAGCCAUCCACUCCCGAUACCACCACGCCUUCGAGUAGUGGUGGUGGUAGUGGUACAGUUAGUGGUAAUGUAGUUGGCUCCCAAUCUGUAAGUAUCGUCAAGUCCGAUGAACGUUUGCUGCCACCAUUGGGCCAUGCACCCAAGAAACAAAAGACUUCCGAGGAAUAUGACUCCUCGGCCACAGAAACCGCCGAUGAAGAGAAUGAAAAUUCUCCAGCCAAUCGUCAAAGUCCCAAAGUGAUAUUGAAUAACACGAAUAGUAGUAGUAGCAGCAGUAAUUCCGUUGUAGUAUCCACGGCCACAGGCCUGGGUCCACCACCAAGUGCAGCCGUAAAUGGACCCAUGCAGUCAUCGGCUACUGCCGCCGACUUACAAGACUUUCUGUACACGGUUAUUGAGCGGUCGCUCAAGCAGAAGGGCCCACCUCCAUCUAAACCAUCCAAUCAGGCUACAUCAAAUCAGCUUCCCAAUUCUGCAAUGGCUAAAGCUCAGCAGCAACAACAGCAGCAGCAGCAACAACCGCCUAUGCGCUUGUCUGUCGAUUCGUCGCCCAACAAUAGAAUUCGCAACGACAUCAUGGGUGGAAGCUCGGCUAAUAGCAACAACAAUUCUAGUAACAACAGUAGCAUUGGAAACAGCAAUGUCAACAACAAUUCCAAUUCCAACAAUGAUGUAAUGCUAGUUAGAGAAUACCGGAAUGAUGGGUCCAUCAAACAUCAACCUCAGGCCCAUGGACAACCCAUUGUGGCAAGCGGCGGUAGUGCUGUGAAUUCCGUACAAAAUUUGAAUGUGCGACAAUCACAACAGCAAGGUGCUCCUCAGCCGCCACAGGCUGGUUCAAGUGCACCCGGGCAUCCAGAGAAUUUGGCCACAUUGUCAGUGGUCAACUCCUAUAUACAGGGUCAACAUUUGAUGCCUCCAGGCGGCCCCGGAGGUUUAAUUCACCACCAACAGCACGACAUUAAGGCUACAAUUACACCAGUACUAAAGUCAGGGAAAACAUCGACGCCGCCACACGUGGUACCUGGUCCACCUCCGGAUACCAUAAUUUACGCCACAUCGCGCAACAACGAACCCGAACCACAAACAUUAGAUUUGUCCAUAAAGAAACCAUCUCGUGAUGGUCCCUCGCCCCAUAAUUCGUCGUCGUCAACAUCCUCUUCAGGCGUGGGCGGUGGCAGUGAGAGUGGCGUCUCACGGCAUCAGCAGCCUCCGCCUAGUUUGGCAGUCAAACAUGUUGGCAAUGCUCCCAGCAUGUAUCGUGGUUCCGAUCCCACACCCUUAAUCGGAGCUCCGCCCAAUCACGCGUACCUUUAUCAUCCUCACCCAGCGAGUGUCGGUGUGGGUAAAGUUCCACCGCCGGGAUCUCUUUAUGUGUCACAAGUACCUGUCCCCAUGCCUAUAACCCAACCGGCACCUGGCGUACCAGUUAGUAGUGGUUCGGGACGAGGUGGUCCAUCUCAAGUGCCGCCUUCACAGCCUCCUCCAACACACAUGCAGUUGUCGAGCCAACACAGUAAAGGAGGCGUAGGAGGGGUGAACAAAAUGCCACCCAAAUUGAGUCCACAACUGAUACACCCGCCCAGUUCCCAUGGGCAGGCACCUUCACCGUCGCAACUGCAACAACAGCAAUUGCUUGUCGGUCCAAAGGGUUCCAUUACCCAUGGCACACCCGUCAGUAAUGCGGCCCAGCAGAUUAUUGUUCACUCGGCUACCGCCGGUGCUACUUUAAGCCCCAAGUUCGACAACCUGCUACGGCAAACACCUCCAUCUGGGGCUGGUGGGCCGACUGAGAACAACAAACUUGGUUCCAUUACCCAGGGAACUCCCAUUCAUUUGCCAGCCCAUUUGGACAAUAAGAGAGCCUACGAAUAUGCUUACAAACCGUCACAGCGCCAAAGUCCAGCUCAGCAACAUCACCCACCACCGCCGCCACAGUCGCAACAGCAAUCAUCGCCACAGGCCCCACCACAAAAUGCCUACGCCGUUGGCAGUUACUCGAGAGCACCCUACACCGUGGAGCAAUCUCCGGUACUGAGCACCAGGCAAAUCGUAAUGCACGACUACAAAACGUCGCAACAGAUGCAAGGACUGCAGCAACGCAGUGUGCCCAGAAGUGGCAGUGCUAAUUCAACAGGAGCCCCCGGUUCAGGAAAGGAAUCACCAUCGCCACGAAACAGCGGAAGUGGCUUAGUGUAUUACGAUAAGGAUAGAGGCCGUACAGAGUACUCGAGCAGAGCUUCGCCCGCAGAACACAGCAACAGUACUCCCAGUCCACACCGUACUCCACCACCGGCUAGACAAGGUGUUAUCCAACGCCACAACACUGGCGGUUCCAAACCACCAUCACCUGCAGCACCACCCCAAGGUCGGAUGCCUGUUGUGAUGUCGCACAAUUACCCGCCAGCCGGUCACGAUGCAUUCUCGUCAUUCGUUGAUCUGGCCGUACAGCAGCCACAAUUGCCAGUGCCCUCACAGAAGGACGACAAGUCCCCUUCAUCGUCAUCGGCGGUGUCUUCGGGCCCGCCGCCACCUCCUCAAUCGUCAGCCCAGUCACAGCAGCCGCCGCCUACGCAUCACGAUGCAAUUCGCUAUCAAAUGAAUCGUGAACACAUGGCCGUGUUGCAUCACCAGCAGGCCGCCAUGGCUGCAGCUGCGGCCCAACAGCAACAGGCUGCCGCCCAACACCAGUACCGUCAGCAACAGGCCGAUAUGCAACGGCGCAUGGAACAAGCGAAACGGGAACGAGAUCGUGACAUGCAACAGAAGAGGCAAGAACGCGAUCGCAUAGAACGAAUGCAUGCCGAACGACUAGAUCGUGAACGUGAGCAACGAGAUCGUGAAAGAGAAAGGGAGCGCGAUCGAGAAAGAGAUCGUGAGCGAAGAGAACAGGAACGAGCUGCCGAAGAGCGAGAACGCGAUGGCAGGCGGAUGGAACGCAUCUAUGCUGGUAAUGCAGCAACCGCAGCGGCUGUUGCGGCGGCUACAGGUGGCGCUGGACUCCAUUACAUUCGAGGACCACCCGAUUCAGGGCCACCAAGAUCGAUACCAGAUCGUGAAAGAGAUCCAUACCACAGAGACCUAAGACAUCCGGGCCAGCCCCCAACUGAUGGAACUUUUUCCGCCCAGAACCUAAUAGAUGCGAUAAUUAAACAUCAAAUAAGCCAAAGCAGUACCGAACCUGGCAGUCUGAGUGUCAAUCGUGAUUUGCCCAGAAGUGGAUUUCCCGAAACGGUGCAGUGCGGUGAUACUAAUGUCAAUUUGUUUUCUCAUUUCCAGUACAAUUCCCGUGACAUUGGAGCCCCUCCACCCCGACAUGCUUCCAAUGUAAUAUCAUCAUUGCAGGCGUCUGAAAACAAUGGCAAAUCCUCUUCACCAAAUGUUAUAAACAUUGAUUUGGACAACGACCGAGCCAGUGUGGGAUCGUCUUCAUCUAGCGGUGCCCCGGGUGGCAAUCCUCAACAUGAAUCCGGACAAAGUCGCAAUGCCCGCAAUAGUGGGCCACCACCACCCACGUCACAAGCUCCACCUCCGUCACAGUCGUCGCAAAUGCGAACGAAAAAUAUCACUUUCGGUGAAUUGGCCGAAACUAUUAUUACGAAUGACUAUGGCCCAAAUCCCAUGCAUUUGAGGGCAGCCCCGCAUCCAACAAACUAUAUGCCCUAUAUGCAAGAUGCUCAGGGCAUAGUGACACCAGAUAGAUGGAAAAUGAAUAGACGGGUGCAGAAGGAUGCGGAAGCUGCUGCGGCUGCAUCAAAGGCGGGAGGUGGUCCUCCAAAUUCACAAUCAAGUGUGAAUUCUAGUUCUGGUCCCGGUACACCAACAAAUAGCGGAGGCCGUUCCACUACUCCUGGCGAUGAUCGCAACAUCAUACGAAUGCCUCAGGCCGUUAGCCCCCGUAAAUAUAUGCCGGAGUUUAUGAUGCAAGCACACGAUUAUCAUUAUCAACAGCAGCAACAUGGCGCACCACCACCAGGUGCCACUCAUGGUUCGUCACUGAUGCGACAGUCACCAUAUGAUUCAGGCCCUGGUAGUUCAUCGGGCAGUUCGUCGUCGUCGGCGCCACCACCUCAAGUUGUACAAAAUCACACAUUCGAUACAAUGAAAUAUGUUCAGAAUCGAAUAGUCGAGGUAAUGCGAACCGAAGAUGAUCAUCGGGCCGCCGGCAGUGGUGGUGGACCAGUUGCCAAUGACCACGAUCACCAUCAUCAGAACGAUCACCGACUUAAGGAUAGUCAUGAACCACGUAAAACGCCAAAUCAAUAUGAUGACAGAGAUGGUGGCAGACGUUCGGCCAGCAGUGAUUCGACACAUCCCUCAAGUAUGGGUGGCGGUGUAGGUGGUGGUGGGGGCGGUGUUUCAUAUCAGCCAACGCCUGUGACAACAUUCGCAGCAACAACCUACGCUUAUCCCUAUAGUGCAUUGAAUGUACCAAGUUCUGCCGGUGGUUUGCCACCUCCGCCCCAGAUGAGCUUGAGCGCGGCUCAUCAAAUGCAAAGCAGCUCGGCAGCAUCGGCCCACAAGCAACCAACGCACAUUAUACACGGUAGUGGCGGUGGUGUGCAUGAUGCUAGUCCCAAUUCGGUGGUAAGCACAACGUCUGGCGGCGGUGGUGCUGGUGGUGGCGGAGGCAGUGGUGGACAAGGCGGUGCACCCAAUGAACCAAAACCUUUGCUCGUGGCUCAGUACGAAGCGCUGAGCGAUGAAGAUUAG